UCGGAUUGGCUCCUUCCUCCCGCAGCGCGACGGCUUUAACCAGUUGCGAGGCCCCGCCCCGCGGGAGCCUCCGGAGGCCGAAGUUCUGGGGACUGGCCGGUGAAAAGAGGGAGAACGCUCUCACCCGAGGACACAUAGUAUGUCUAUUAGGUGUUUCGUCUCCCAGCCAUUUUCUAUGGAAAACCAAGGGGAUCGGACCAUGAUAGCCACUGGCAGCUUUGAAGAAUGGGAUGCCUUUAGAGAAGCUUGAUCUUGGAGGCCUCAGCGUGAGACCUUACAAAGCCAGAUUCUGGCAGAGUUCCUCUAUCUCGUCUUGUUGCUGACUGAAGGUGCCCCCUUCUCCAUCUCCUGGGAGAUAGCAGAAAAUCAGCAUUAUGGUUGGGUUCAAGGCUACAGAUGUACCCCCUACUGCCACUGUGAAGUUCCUGGGGGCUGGCACAGCUGCCUGCAUUGCAGAUCUCAUCACCUUUCCUCUGGACACCGCUAAAGUCCGGCUGCAGAUCCAAGGAGAAAGGCAGGGGCUAGUGCAGGCCACAGCCGGUGCCCAGUACCGUGGCGUGCUGGGCACCAUCCUGACCAUGGUGCGCACUGAGGGCCCCUGUAGCCUCUACAACGGGCUGGUCGCUGGCCUGCAGCGCCAGAUGAGCUUUGCCUCUGUCCGCAUCGGCCUCUAUGACUCCGUCAAGCAGUUCUACACCAAGGGUUCUGAGCAUGCCGGCAUCGGGAGCCGCCUCCUGGCAGGCGGCACCACAGGGGCCUUGGCUGUGGCAGUGGCCCAGCCCACGGAUGUAGUAAAGGUCAGAUUCCAGGCUCAGGCCCGGGCUGGAGGUAGCCGGAGAUACCAAAGCACUGUUGAUGCCUACAAGACCAUUGCCCGAGAGGAAGGGUUCCGGGGACUCUGGAAAGGGACCUCUCCCAAUGUUGCUCGUAAUGCCAUUGUCAACUGCGCUGAACUGGUGACCUACGAUCUCAUCAAGGAUGCCCUCCUGAAAGCCAACCUCAUGACAGAUGACCUCCCUUGCCACUUCACUUGCGCCUUUGGGGCGGGCUUCUGCACCACUGUCAUCGCCUCUCCCGUCGACGUGGUCAAGACGAGAUAUAUGAACUCUGCCCUGGGCCAGUACAGCAGCGCUGGCCACUGUGCUCUUACCAUGCUCCAGAAGGAGGGUCCCCGAGCCUUCUACAAAGGGUUCAUGCCCUCCUUUCUCCGUUUGGGUUCCUGGAACGUGGUGAUGUUUGUCACCUAUGAGCAGCUCAAAAGGGCUCUCACGGCUGCCUGCACUUCCCGGGAAGCUCCCUUUUGAGUGUCUCCUGCUGCUGACCCAACCUCUGGCUCUGGCUCCAGCCAGGCCCUACUUCCCUUCCCUCUCUCCUCACCCCUUCCUUCCACUCCCUUUCCCACCACCUUCCUUUCCUGUCCCCACACUCUUACCCUCUCCUCCCUACUCCGUCUCCCCAUUGCCUCCCUAGUAGUAGAGUCCUAGUAGAGUUGACCCAGUUGACCCUGUGUUGACACAGUUGGCACCGGCCAGGAUCCCAAACCCUCAAUCCCUUGAAAAGCCAAGCCCAACUCUCUGUUCUGCCCCCAACCCCAGCCAGCAUGUCCCCCAUAAAACAGGUUCAACCUUG